AUGGCAGCUCGAAACACAAAGCAGUUGUUGCUCAUGGGCUGGCGUCAGUGUGACCAUGAUAGUGGUCAUGUGAUUGGCCUUGAUCUUAGUACUAGUUGUCUUUAUGGUUCCAUCAACUCAAGCAGCAGCCUUUUUCGCCUUGUUCAUCUUCGAAUGCUAAACCUUGCCAACAAUCAUUUCAAUUACUCUCAAAUACCAUCUAGAAUAGGCAAUCUUUCAAGUCUAAUAUAUCUCAACCUCUCCAAUUCUUUCUUCUCUGGUCAAAUCCCAUUUGAAAUCUCACAACUAUCCCAGUUGUCUUCCCUGGAUCUGUCUAACAAUUCUUAUUCACCUUUUAAACAAUUGUUGGAACUCAAAAAGCCCAACUUCAACAGCCUAGUACAACUUGAUCUCACCAUGGUAAUCAUAUCUUCCCCACUUCCCAACGUUUUGGCAAAUAUGUCUUCCUUGACAUUUCUAAGUCUCCCUUUUUGCGGGUUGCUUGGGAAUUUUCCAACAGGUAUAUUCCAGCUACCAAACUUACAGCUUCUUAAAUUAUCAUACAAUCCGGAUCUCAUUGGUUAUUUGCCAAACUUUUACUGGAGCAGUCCCCUUAAGUAUUUUAGUGUCUUGAACACGGGAUUUUUUGGAGAGAUACCUACCUCAAUAGGAAACCUUGAGUCCUUGGAAUAUUUGAAUCUCAGAGAUUGCAAUUUCUCAGGUUUGAUACCACCAUCUCUAGGUAAUCUUUCCAAGCUCACUAUUCUAGAUCUUUCGGACAAUCCUUUUAGGGGACAAUUACCAUCUUCCUUUGCAAACCUCAACCAUUUGACUACUCUUGGGCUUUCCUUCAUCAAUUUGAGUAGUGAAACCUUUCCUUGGCUCAAUAAGAAUUUAAAAAUUACUCAUUUGUAUCUUCGAAGCAACAAUUUAAGAGGAGAAAUCCCACCUUCUUUGUCCAAUUGGACCCAACUGUCCAUUUUAGAGCUAAGCUCUAAUCAAUUGACUGGCUCAAUCCCACUCUGGCUUAUGAACCUCACCAAAUUAACUCAAUUGAGCCUUGCAUCAAAUAAUUUGCAAGGUCCAAUUCCAAACUCAAUAUCUGCACUCAAGAAUCUUGAAUUUCUUGAUCUUUAUUCAAAUAAUUUAAGUGGCACAGUGGAGAUAAACACGUUAUUUAUGCUCAAAAAUUUAACUGUGCUACGCUUGUCAUUCAACAAAUUAUCAGCGUCAACAAAAACCAAUUCCAGUGCUAGUCCACCAAAAUCGAUCUCUUUGUGGUUGGCUUCAUGCAAUCUAGGACAGUUCCCAAAAUUCUUGCAGGGUCUAGAUGGAUUGAUGUACUUGGAUCUAGCCUUCAACAAUAUUCAUGGACAGAUACCCCAAUGGUUUUGGAAAAUAAGUACUCAAACACUACUGUAUUUGGAUCUUUCUCACAAUUUUCUAACUGGUUUUGACCAACCUCCUAGCGUUCUUCCAUGGUCUAGUUUACUCGCUUUAAACAUGAGUUCCAACAGGCUCAGUGGAUCACUUCCAGUUCCACCAUUCUCUACUCUACUCUAUACAAUCUCAGAUAAUUCACUGAGUGGAGAAAUCCCAUCAUUGAUUUGCAAUCUAAGCUUGCUUCAGGUUCUUGAUUUGUCUGGGAACAAUUUAGGUGGCAUGAUUCCAAGAUGUUUGAGUAACUUCAGCAGCUCUUUGUCAAUACUAAAGUUAGGAAGAAACAAUUUUCAUGGCACCAUUCCUCAAACAUGGACAAGUACAAGCAAAUUAAGGAUGAUUGACUUGGGCCAAAAUAAAUUGCAUGGUCAAGUGCCAAGAUCGAUGGCGAGGUGUGCACUACUAGAGAGUCUUGAUCUUGGAAACAAUCAAAUCGUUGAUGCUUUUCCCUCUUGGUUGGGAGCUCUUCCUGAAUUGAAGAUUCUCAUUUUACGAUCUAAUAGAUUUUAUGGUGAAAUCAGGAGUCCUAAAUUCAAUUUUACGUUCCCCAAGUUGCGCAUUAUUGACAUGUCCUUCAAUGGCUUUACAGGUAGUCUACCUUCAGAAUUCUUCCAGAGAUUGAAUGCCAUGAAAACUAUUGAAACAGAACGCUUAUUAUACAUGGAAGCGCAAAUGAGUUAUUAUAUUAGGGGAUUCGAGUAUAUGGAUAAUUUUGAGUACUCAAUGACCAUGACAAACAAAGGCUUGAGAACACAAUACACUAAGAUCAUAGAAUUCUUCAUAGCCAUUGAUUUGUCAUGCAACAGAUUCGAAGGAGAGAUUCCAGACUCCCUUGGGACUCUAAAGGCUCUACAUAUGCUCAACCUUUCCAACAACAUUCUCAACGGUCAUAUCCCGUUAUCCAUUGGAAACCUAACUGAGCUUGAAUCUUUGGACCUUUCUCAAAACAAGCUCUCAGGAGAGAUUCCACAGCAACUAGUACAACUCACUUUCCUUGAAUUCUUGAAUGUGUCUUAUAACAACUUCACAGGAUUUAUACCGCAAGGAAAUCAAUUUGAUACAUUUCCAAGAAGUUCAUUUGAAGGGAAUCCAGGAUUAUGCGGAAACCAGUUGUCAAGAAAAUGUAAAGGUCCUACAACCUCAUUACCACUACCUGCACCCUCUAACGAUGAUCAAAACUCUGCAUCUUUAAUUGAAUUUGGAUGGAAAACUGUUGUAAUGGGGUAUGGAUGUGGUACACUAAUUGGAGUUGUUAUUGGACACAUUGUGUACACCAAGAAACAUGAUUGGUUUGUAAAGAAUUUUGGCAUGAGGCAACAGAGAAGGUAAAGCAUAAAAGGAGCAUUAGUACAUUUUCUUUCCCCUUUUGUGUAUUUUCUUUCCACUUUUUAUAUAGAAGGUUUUGUAAAAUUUACAUUUUUAAGGUUUAUGUUGGGAAAGGGGUACGAGGCAUAUAAGUAUUCCACUAAUUAA